AAAGAACCUGAGAGGUUGUGAGAGAGAACCAAGUGAGAGCUGGAAGCAAGCAUCAGUCAAGAAUGAAGGGUUUAAUAUGUAUACUGCUGCUGUUGGGAUUUUCUGUGUUUUCCAUACAGCAGCAGGAAGAUGGAGGACUCGGUGAGAAUGAGGUCAGUGAACAGCUCAGCUCUGAGGACGGAAAACAGAAACUAGCUUCAACUGACAGCCAGCAAAACUGCCAUCUGUGCUUUCCUGACAUCCAUGCAGCACUGAGAGGACUGACCGCAAUGAUUACAGAGCAGAAAGCAAACAACCAAGCCUUAGAGUUGCGACUGAGAGAUGCUGAGAAAGCUGCAGAACAACAGAUGUUCCUCCUGGAAGAGCUGAACAAGAAAAAUGAUGCACUCUCAAAUCUUACUCAGAGUCAAGUGGAGGAGUUGAGAAAGGACAAUAGAGAUAAAGAGAUAGCCUUUUCAGCUGCACUGAUGCAAUCUAGCAGUGGAAAUAUUGGUCCUUUUACCACUGACAUCACACUAACCUACAGGAACAUCUUCACAAACAUAGGAAAUGCCUACAACCCAAUUACAGGUAUUUUCACAGCCCCACUGAAAGGAGCGUACAUGUUUCAUAUCUCUUUAUAUGGUCCAGCUAGUCAAUCAAUUCCAUCAACUAUAGGUAUUAUUAAGAACGGACAGCUUGUGGUUAUGGCACAUGCUCAUCAGGCUCAGAAUGUGGUAAACUCCUCUAAAGGAGUUGCGUUGCUCCUGGAGGUUGGAGAUGUUGUCUAUGUAAGACUUUUUGCUAACAGGCGGAUAUCAGAUAAUCAGAAUAAUCACAACACAUUCAGUGGUUAUCUACUGUUUCCUUCAAGAGGAUAGGUUUUCAAAAUGUGACUCAAAUGUUUAUGUAUAUUUAAUGUAUGAUGUGAAUUUGGAGUGAAAUUGACAGUCAGAUAAAAAUCAUGUAGAAUCAUAUGAACAUGCAUUAAUGAAGACUAAUGUGUUUGGAAUUUGCAGUAGAUACUGUAUAAUAAUAAUAAUGUCAGUAUUGUACACUACGCUCACAAUAAACUCUGAGCUGUCUAAUCUAAAAAGGACAGUUCUAGGUUGAGGAAGCUUUUAUGUUUAUCAUCCAUUAUAAAUGUUAAAAUGGUGUCAUUGUCCCCAUCUAUUAACAGUAAUUCUUUUGUGUUUGAAAAUACAAAGUGUACCUUGUUGCUUGUUUUGAUCCUUUGAAUCUGUAUCUUCUUUGUGUUCUAUAAAACUGCUUUGGAUGAGUUUGUAUAUUGAUAUUAUUCAAUAAAAAAACUGUUUUGGAACUUAU